AUGGGCUUGUUGGUGUUGGAAACUAUUGUUUUAACAAUUCUUCUUUUUAUUCCUAGAGUUUUUUCUGAUGAUACAAUUCCAAUUCCAGCUGAUAAAUCACAAUUAAAUAGUUGGUUUGAAGCAAAUGUUAAACCAUUAGAUUCAAGAAAAGACACUUUAGACCCUGCCCUCGUUGCUGCUGAGGCUAAUAAAACUAUCAUUAAGGUGAGGACAGAUGGAAGUGGUGAUUUCAAGACUCUAACAGAAGCUGUUAAAAGCAUUCCAGAAGGGAAUAAAAGAAGAGCUAUUAUUUGGAUUGGAGGUGGAAAUUACACUGAAAAAGUCAAAAUUGAGAGAAAUAAACCUUUUGUUACAUUAUAUGGAGACCCUAAAAAUGUCCCAAAUAUUAUAUUUCAUGGAACUGCAAAACAAUAUACUAUUGUUGAAAGUGCCACUGUCAUUGUUGAAUCUGAAUAUUUCAGUGCUGUUAAUAUCAACUUCGUGAAUACAGCACCAAGACCAGAUGGAAAAAUGGAAUUAGCUCAAGCAGCAGCAUUGAGGACAGGAGGAGAUAAAGCCUCAUUGUAUAAUUGUAAAAUGUUUGGAUUUCAAGACACUUUUUGUGAUGACAGUGGAAAACAUUUCUUUAAAGAUUGUUAUAUUGAAGGCACUGUUGAUUUCAUCUUUGGCAAUGGCAAAUCCAUAUAUUUGAACACAGAGGCACAUGUAAUUCCAGGGGAUCCAAUGGCAAUGGUAACAGCACAUGCAAGAGAUGCAGAAAAUGUAGACAGUGGAUAUUCUUUUGUGCAUUGUACUAUUACUGGAACAGGCAACACAGCAUAUUUGGGCAGGGCAUGGAAGCCUUUCGGUAAAGUUGUUUUCUUAUAUUCUGAUAUGACUGAUGUUGUUCACCCUGAAGGAUGGUCAGAUAAUGGCAAACCCGAAAACGACAAGUCGGUAUUUUAUGGAGAAUACAAUUGUAAAGGAGCAGGGGCAGCUUUGGAAAAAAGAGUUGGAUUUACAAAGAAAUUAAGUGAUGCAGAGGCAAAACCUUUUAUUUCCCUUGCUUAUAUUGAAGGUUCCAAGUGGCUUCUUCCUCCUGUGACACUUUAAAUAUUUGAAAAUUAUAAGGACACAUAAUUAAUAGUCCUAGUAAUUUUUU